AUGUACAUCGCAAGUUUGAAGACAUCUAGCGGCCUCCACAUUGCUGAACGAACACGAGUUGAAAAGGCGUUUCAAGACCAUGGAGAACUGGGUCUGUUCUCGCUUUUCAUAACUCGAGAAUUCAAGAACAGGAUCCAAGAUUGGACGAAUGAAGGCCUCAAGUUGCUUGGCAAGGCGGAAACAAUAGAUAGCGAAUUCGACGCUUAUAUCGGUCUCGAGUUAGCAAUGAGUAUAUGCCCGCUCAAUGAAAUCACGGAGUUUUGGAGUGAAAGGCGUUUUCUCGGACAGCAUGAUUUUUCGAUGACGAUGAGUCGAGCGCGGUUUCAGGAAAUUCGAGGUCGAGUGAAGUUGCAUCCGCUGGAUAUGACGCCGGGUGAUGGGAAAGACCCCCUCUGGCAUAGCCAUAUCGUUCUCGAGCACAUGCAAACCAAAUUCGCGCAGAUUGCAACCCCCUAUGGUGCCAGUUCCUUUGAUGAGUGCACUGUGCGAACGAAAGCCCGCACGCGGGCUAAAUUCUAUAUGCCUUCAAAGCCCGAAAAGUACGGAAUUGUUUCUACGCCUCUGUUGGGUGGAAAUCGCUAUACAUUCACAGCGUCUGGGACAAUGGGUCGGGCAAUUGGAUAA